CUAUAUCUCGUACCUUCAGAGGAUCUUGAAGUCAGCAGGUUCAGGUCAUCACCUCUCAGCACUGCAUGAUGGACGGCAUGGAGGGAGCACAGCUCUGCUUCCCUCAGCUCCUGAACUCUUCCUGCAGAGGUUUAUUGCGUCCUCGCACUGAGAGUGUCCUGCUCUACACACUGCUCUCCUCCAUGGCCGUGCUCACGGUCCUUCUCAACCUGCUGGUUAUCAUCUCGAUCUCCCACUUCGCACAGCUUCACACCCCCACCAACCUGCUCCUGCUCUCUUUGGCCAUCUCAGACCUCCUCGUGGGGUUGCUGGUAAUGCCGUCAGAAAUGGUGAGCGUCAUAGAAACCUGCUGGCUGCUCGGCGACCUCCUGUGCACUUUGUCUACUAUGAUGGGUUCCACUCUUGUCUCAGCCUCUGUGGGAAACAUGGUGCUCAUCUCGAUUGAUCGUUAUGUUGCUAUUUGUUAUCCUCUGCAGUAUCCGAUCCAAAUCACCCGCAGCAGAAUUGAGCUGUGUGUGUGUGUGUGUGUGUGCUCGGUCCUCUACAACGGGCUGAUUUUAAAGGACCGUCUCAGGCAGCCGGACAGAGAUAACUCCUGCGAUGGGGAAUGUAAGGUGGUGAUUAACAAUGUCUCUGGCGCGAUUGACCUGGUGUUCACGUUUUUCGCGCCCUGCUCAGUCAUCGUUGUCCUGUACGUGAGAGUGUUUACGGUGGCGGUGUCUCAGGCGCGCGUCGGGUCUCAUUUCACGGCGGUCGGUGCAGUAAAAAUCACCGCCAAGAAAUCAGAGAGAAAAGCAGCCAGGACUCUGGGUAUGGUGAUCCUGGUGUUUUUGAUCAGUUUCUGUCCGUUCUAUUACCCCGCUCUUGCAGGACAGGAGAUAUCAAACAAUGCUUCAUCUUGGGUCAUUGUGUCCUGGCUGCUGUUUUUCAACUCUUGUUUGAACCCACUCAUAUAUGCUUUGUUCUAUCCGUGGUUUAGAAAAGCGGUCAAGUUAAUUGUUACCCUAAAGAUACUUGAGCAGAACUCGUCUCAGGAAAAUAUCAUUUGAAGUGACUCCACACUUUUAUUAUGAGCUGCAUGGCUUUUGUAAAUAACCCCAUGGAAGGUUUGUUUUGGGUUGAUUGCCUUCUAUUUACUUUGUUUUUUCAUGUAUGCCUAGAUGAUAUUGUAUUGUUUUAAUUAUAGACGCGCUAUGCUCCUUUCUCUCUAAUUGAUAAAUUACAUUUAUUUUGAAAGCUUCAAAAGAAUUGCAUUUUUGUAUUAUGUGUGAAUGUGAACUUGACAAUGCGGCUACGGCUAUACAGACGA